AUUGCCACUGACAAGACAAGCUCCCCGCGGGCGAUGGGUCGUGCGUCGAGCGCUGGCGAACUCGAGCCAGGACGACAUCGCCAGAGCCCCCACAUGGAAAGACACCCUCAAGGGCGCCAUAUUCUGGGCGAACCCGAGCCACUGGGACAAGGUUCCAGCAUCCCCUUACUGGAGAUUCACCUUCAUAUUCCUCAAGAUUGUUGGGACAAUUGGUGGCUAUCGAGGCCGUGCAGCGUUUGCGCGGAGGAGCGGACUCAAAGGGCUCAUGCAAAAGCGAGACGAAGCCCUGGGAGUGGUGCAGAUGGCGUACGAGUUCAGUGUCGAUGCUUUCCCGGCGGCGGCAGAGCGUCUGCGUGCAGCCGCAUCAGCCACGCCAUGGGCAGGCACAGACUGCGUGGCUGUGAUUCUUCCCAACUACGCCCGCAGCAAGCAGGAAGUUGAGGAAUUGAGGGCGACCUUGCUAGCGCUUCAGGCCCAGAAGCGGCCACCGGAUGUGGUCAUCGUGGUGGACGAUCAUUCGCCGGUUUCGGCGAAAGAUGCGCUGAAGGCAUGGAAAGACUCCGAGAGCUUGGCGUUUGUCCAGCUUUGGAAGAAUGUUGGGCCAGCUGGGGCUCGGUCGGUCGGGCUCCGGCUAUUGCGGCAGUGGGCACGAGGUAUGGACGUUGUAGUUUGCCUCACGGACAGCGAUGCCGCUCCCGAUCCGGGCUGGACGGAGGCGAUGCUGAAGGCUCAGAACAUGAGUCCCGGCAUCGUCUCGGGCCCCACAAUCUCGGUGGAUAGAAGCCACACCGGCCGCUUCCACGACCACUUCGGCAACCUCAAUGGUCGAUGGACCUGGGACGACGAGAAGGAUGUGCUGCUCUACGGCUGCACAUGCAAUUUCAGUGUCGAUCUGAACUCCAUCGGCGAUGCGGAGUUCGACCCGAUCUUCUCGCGCCCGGGGUUCGAAGACAUCGAAUUCUGCUGGCGCCUGCGAGAAGAGCGAGGCGUCUACACCAGGUAUUGCGACGAUGCCAAGAUGUUCCAUCAGUACGAUCGCGGCCCUGUUGGGUUGUACAAGCAGUUCUGGAAGUAUGGGCACACUGCUCCUUGGUACCUUUGUACCGCUUUUUCCAAGAUAAUUCCGCUACCCCGGAGAAUGGGAUAG